UAAAGUAAACAGCGCCCCGGGGGCAGCAGCCCCUGCCCGGCCCGCAGCGCCCCCCGGCGGCCCCGGGCUUGCGGAGGAUGGCGGAGGGCGCGGAGGCUGCCCCGACCGGCAGCAGCAGCAGCAGCAGCCGCUUGUACCACUCCAUCACCCAGUGGAUAGCGGAUAAUUUCUAUGUUUGUGAAGGAUACAGCAUACCUCGUUGUCUACUUUAUGAAAUGUAUAUAGAGAAUUGCACUCAGAAUGCUCAGAAUCAAGUAAAUCCAGCUACAUUUGGAAAGCUUGUUCGCUUAGUUUUCCCUGAUCUGGGGACCAGAAGGCUGGGCACAAGGGGAAGUGCCAGGUAUCACUACGAUGGAAUACAUAUCAAGAAGAGCUCUUCCUUCUAUGCUCAUUAUUGCUAUCUUCUGGCUGAAAAAAAAAAUCACAGUGGGGAUGGUUCCAAUUCUGAGGAUGCAGCAAAUUAUGAGAGCAACGGCUACAGAAAAGGAACAUCUGGUAUCAAUUUGCAGACAGAGAAGGACAAAUUUGGAUCCCCUGUGCCUGAAUUCAAGAGAUUUUCUUCUUGGGAGCAAGAGUUAGGAAAGACACACUCAUAUAAAAUAGUUGCAUUGCUUGCUGAUGAGUAUUGUAACUACUGUCAAGAUGUUUUACAGAACUUGAGGAACAAAGAACUUGACAGGGUGGAAGACCUUAUCACAUCAUUCUGGAAGUCUUUGCAGCCUGAAACAAUAAUGCUUAUGUCACUGCCAGAUAUAUGCCAACUGUUUAAAUGCUAUGAUAGACAGCUGUUCAAGGAAAUGGAGAGCAUUCUGCUUGAUGACUUCCUGGAAGAUGUUACUAUACAAUAUUUGAAGUCAGUCAGAUUGUUCAGUAAAAAUGUUAAACUCUGGCUGCUUACUGUUUUGGAAGAUUUUCCACUCUUACUACGAAUGUCCAAAAUCAAAGAAGUUACUGUGUUUGUAAAAAGACUAAGAAGAAAGACGUAUCUUUCUAAUAUGGCAAAGACAAUGAGAAUAGUCUUGAACAACAGCAGCAGAGUUACUAUUUUAAAAUCAGACUUGAAUGCCAUCAUCAACCAGGGAAUUGUGGACAUUCCUGGAAACCCCUUGCAAAAUAAGUUUAGAAAUAUGGAUGAAAUGGAAAGUGACAUGGAACUCAAAUGCUUGAAUAACUUGAUUUCCUUGCUGGAUACUUCCACAGAUGUUAGGGUUUUCCUGAACUGUAUAUCUUCAAAUCUUCAGGCUUUUGUCAUUCAGCCAAGCAAGAAUAAAGAAGAGUUUAGAAAAUUAGCAGCUAACUUCCAACUGAAAUGGAACUUCCUCUUAACUGCAGUAAGCAAGGCUAUGACACUGUGCCAUACAGACAGUUUUGGAUCCUGGCAUUUGUUUAAUUUGCUACUUUUGGAAUAUGUUAUUCACAUUCUCCAAUCCCAUAUAGAGGAGGAAGGAGAUGGAACUCUCUCAGACAUGCAGCAAAAUGAUUCACCUAUCCAGCUAGCUCAUGAACCUGCUCACCUUUGGGACAAUUUUUCUGCUGAGCAGUUUCGAGCCAGAGCCCCAGAGCCAACUCGGGUAACUCUGACACAGAGCCAGAGUGAUGUUAAUCUAAACGGCAUUAUUCUCAAGGUCCUGAGCUGUCUGGUAGACUCAGCCACAGGCAACAAGCUCUGUCAUCAAUAAUGUUAAAAACCUACCUGAAACCAUAAUGCCAAAGAAAGUCAACAGGAACUAUGGAAUGGACUAUUAACCCCAUCAAAAUUCUUCUUUGUGUCUACAAUAUGGACGCCAGAGUUCAGGCUGCUAUUUUGUCUUUGACCUAUCCUAUUAUGCUAGGUAUCUCAAUUUAUACAGAGCUCAGCUCUAAUCUCAGAUUCAUGGAUAUGCGUUGCCAUGAAUCUUGGAAAAAUUCCUGCUGAACUUUCCAUUUCUGCAGAAUACUGUGGAGUCAGUAUCUCACAUACAAUGUUAUUAGUUAAAACAGAAUAGGUCCUAUAAUAUGUAAUUGAUUUUCCCAUAUGUCCAACACAAAAUUGUCUCAAUUUGCUGUCUGACCGCAACACAAGCAGAAUUAUACAGAAAAUAUUGGGAGAUACUGGAAAUAAAUGUGUAUA